GGACUCGGUAUCAAUGAUCAUGCCUUAUGAAUGGCAUCCUUGGGAUCUCCGUCAAAAUUCUUUCCUUGGCCUCGUCUGGAGUCCGAGUCCGGAGUGAAAGCCAUGAUCUCCCAUUAAUUUAUCUUAUCAGAUCGCCCAGCAGAUCUUCAACUUCUUCUCUACUGGUAGUAACUCGAGUGCAAGCUUAUAUUAGGCCUCUCGUGACCCCGGAGCUUACCUAUCCGUGAAUGUUCGACCUUCUCAAAUGCGUCCUUCGACGCGUGUUGGGGCGCACCAGUAACAAUGUAGCUUUCCAUCCAUCUCUUCCUUCCUCCAAUUGACAAUUUGACACUCCUAACCACUUCCAGGACCCAACAAUGGCGCCUCACACACAGGACGAAGUCCAAACUCGCUCCCUCGCCGAUCCUUCGGCAUUCUGGGCCGAACAAGCUUCGCACCUCCACUGGCACAAGAAACCUUCCCACGCCCUCACCAAAACGAAGAAGUCUCUCAAAUCUGGAGUUGAGCAUGAUCAUUGGGAUUGGUUCUCCGACGGCGAGAUAUCUACUUGCUACAAUUGUGUGGAUCGACAUGUUCUUGCUGGAAAUGGGGACCAAAUCGCGAUUAUCUUCGAUAGUCCGGUGACGAAAACGAAGGAGAAAUAUACAUAUAAGCAGCUUUUAGAUGAGGUUGAAUUGUUUGCUGGGAUUUUGAGGGAGGAGGGUGUAAAGCGGGGCGACGUCGUGCUAAUGUAUAGUGAGUGGAAUUUGUUUCUUCCGUCGCACUUUUUACUGCGCAAACUGUCUGUGGGAGUGGUUAUUAGCAGCGUUUGGAAAUGUUUGCAAUUCCAGCCUGUUUUUCUCUGAAAGAAUGAGCUCAGUCUAUCCCGGGCGCUCGAGUUAACAUCACCAUUCAUCCUGAAGAUCUGGAGGAAUUGCUUCAAGAAUGGCGAAAAUUACAAUCACGGAACUACCCGGCUCGGAGCAGGGAUUCAGGGAACUGUAUUUUCUGCGUACUCCUGCAAUUGCUAACAAAUAUUCUCCCAGUGCCCAUGAUUCCAGCAGCUCUCAUCGGAUUACUAGCAGUGUCACGUCUUGGUGCCAUCCACGCGGUUGUUUUUGGUGGGUUCGCUGCAACUUCGUUAGCCCAGCGUAUCGAAGCUUCCAUACCUGUCGCUAUUCUCACGGCAUCAUGUGGAAUAGAAGGCAACAAACCCCCCAUGUCAUACAAGCCCUUCAUCACCGAGGCAAUCGAAAAGUCCCCUCACAAACCGAGUAAAACAAUCAUAUGGCAAAGGGACCAGCUACGCUGGGACAACCUAGACAAACUCGGCGGGGAGAGAAAUUGGAAUCGACUGGUUCAUAGUGGUCGUGCAAGGGGCCUGAAAGCUGAUUGUGUGCCUAUCAAAUCCAAUGAAGCUAUUUACAUCAUUUAUACUUCAGGUACUACCGGACUUCCUAAGGGCGUUUUACGAGAAGCGGGAGGUCAUGCUGCGGGCCUGAAGUUGUCUAUCAAUUAUUUGUUUGGCAUCCAUGGGCCUGGAGACGUAAUUUUCUGUGCUUCGGAUAUUGGAUGGGUUGUUGGUCAUUCUUACAUUGUCUAUGCGCCCUUGUUGGCUGGGGCGGCAACUGUGUUAUUCGAGGGUAAACCAGUCGGCACACCCAAUGCAGGUACUUUCUGGCGUAUCGUCGAAGAAUAUCAAGUCAAUAUACUAUCUACAGCACCAACAGCGUUAAGGGCCAUUCGAAGAGACGAUCCAGAGAACAAAUUGUUCAAAGAGAUUGGCGAAAGAGGUGGCUUGAAAUCAUUGAGGGCUUUAUUUCUUGCAGGAGAAAGAUCGGAACCAAGUCUUGUUACUAUGUACAGUGACCUUCUUCGGAGUUAUGCUGGGAAUGGAGCAAAGGUUGUUGAUUGCUGGUGGUCAUCAGAAUCAGGCUCUCCCAUUUCUGGAAUUGCCCUGGUACCUAACGCUGGAAAAGAUUUGAAGACAAAUGAACGGACUGUGGAGCCUUUGGCUAUCAAGCCUGGUAGUGCUGGUAAACCUAUGCCUGGUUUCGACGUUCGAAUCGUAGAUGAUUCCGGCAAAGAGUUGAAAAAUGGAAAGAUGGGAAAUAUUGUCCUCGGGUUGCCACUGGCUCCCACGGGCUUCAGAACACUCUGGGAAGAUGAAGAUAGAUUCUACAAGGGAUAUCUGAGAAGAUUCGGAGGAAAGUGGGUUGAUACGGGUGAUGCUGGAAUGAUUGAUUCGGAAGGCUAUAUUCAUGUUAUGUCUCGGUCAGAUGAUAUUAUCAACGUCGCAGCUCAUCGAUUCAGCACCGGUAAGUGGGCAACUUUGUACAUUUGAAUUUUUACUAAUCCGAUUCUAGGGUCUAUCGAACAAGCCAUUUCAUCUCAUCCAUUGAUCGCAGAAUGCUGUGUCGUGGGCAUUCCAGAUGCACUGAAAGGCCAUCUUCCAUUCGCAUUCGUAACUCUCUCCACUCCCGACCAUCCAUCCUCGGCCAUCCCCACCGACAAAUUCUUUGGUGAAGUCCAAAAACUUGUUCGCUCGCAAAUCGGACCCAUCGCAUCACUAGGUGGUAUGACACAAGGCAAAGGGAUGAUUCCUAAAACUCGUUCUGGCAAAACUCUACGAAGAGUGUUACGGGAACUCGUGGAGAAUGGGGUCCAUGGGGAAUUUGAUAAAAAAGUUCAAGUUCCGGCUACGGUCGAGGAUGCUAGUGUUGUAGAGGUUGCGAGAAAGAAGAUUGAAGAGUAUUUCAAAGUUAGGGGGGGAGUUCAUCGGGCUACGGAAGAGAGAGCGAAGAUUUAG